CAGGACUUUGGGCUGCUGAUUCUCCGCUGGAGCUUGAAGGGACUUCCCCUCCCAUUGCAAGACAGUAUGGCCCUGGCUGCAGCAUUGGAGGGACAGCUACAACUGAGAGAGGUCUCGGGGAUCCCCUUGCAGGCUAGCACUGUGGACAACUGGAGCCAGAUCCAGAACUUUGAGGCCAAGCCAGAUGAUCUUCUCAUCUGUACCUAUCUUAAAUCAGGCACCACAUGGAUUCAGGAAAUUUUGGACAUGAUUGAGCAGAAUGGAGAUGUGGAGAAAUGUCAGAGAGCCAUCAUUCAACACCGCCAUCCUUUCAUUGAGUGGGCUCGGCCACCCCAGCCCUCUGGGGUGGAAAAAGACAAAGCAAUGCCCUCUCCACGGAUACUAAGGACUCACCUUCCAACUCAGUUGUUACCUCCAUCUUUCUGGGAAAACAACUGCAAGUUCCUUUAUGUAGCUCGAAAUGCCAAAGACUGCAUGGUUUCCUAUUACCAUUUCCAAAGGAUGAAUCAAAUUCUUCCUGACCCUGGUACCUGGGAAGAGUAUUUUGAAACCUUCAUAAGCAGAAAAGGAACUGUGGGGGAUUGGAAAAACCACUUCACUGCGGCUCAGAAUGAGAGAUUUGAUGAAAUCUAUAGGCAAAAGAUGAAAGGAACAUCAAUAAAAUUCUUGACAGAACUCUGAG